AUGGGAGUAGCUGUAGAAGGAAGGGAAGCGGCGUAUAUGCCGUGGAUGAUCCCAUCCGCGCGAGAUUCUGUCAGCACGUCAACCUAUGAGCGAAAGCCACCACCUCCCAGGACGAGGAUAGCAUUACCGGAGGAUUAUCUCGUGCCAACGUCUUGUCGCAUCCCAGGGACCAUCGUCUCUGGGCAGAAAUAUCUCAGCGGUGCCAAGUUCUCUGUCCCUUAUUGCAUUCAGAUUUUCCACAGUGCAAUUUUGAUCUGCGACGACCCUCCCUUCACCUCCCUCCCUCACUAUUCCUUCCUCCACUUCAUUGAACACGGCGACAGCACAUUCUCUUUAUUUUCACUUGUCUUCGAUGCAAGAAGAGUCUUGAGCGUUGAUGCCCAUAUCAGGAUCGAUGACAUUGAUCAACCGCAUAGUGCACACCGUGAUUUCUUUCCUCCUACCACCACCACGCAACAAAAAACUAUGGCUUUGAGUACAUGUAUCGGCUUCCGGCGAGCGAGGGACAAAGAUGGAUUUUCCCAGAAUGCGAACCUUGCGGAGCCGAAAGCCAGAUUUGGAGCUGCCCACCUUGAAGCUUUUCCGGCUAUUCUCGGUUCUGAGUCAAUGUCAGAUUUUCACGGUUCGAGUUUGAUCUCGAUAUCUUCGAGACUGAAUCCUUGCCCAGUCAACGUCACGCGUCAAGGAAAUAAAGUUAAACGACCGGCUAGAAAUCAGCGGAAUGGGACCGCAGAGCCAAGUCGUCCUCGACGCCAACCAGUUUUCGAAUCAGCACGAAUUCCGAGUACAAACUCUCGUGGAGCCAACCUUGGCAUGGAAACCUCAGUUUGCGGGAAAUAUUCAACGGUGGAGGUGCAUCUCACCGCGCGGAGUGCAGACGCGCUCGAAGGAUUCAGGGAUGGUUUCUGGUUGAAGAGGCAGACUCAGACAAACCUGGGGAAGUCCCGGGAAAUGAUGGUGGGGUCCCAGUAUAAUGAAUAG